AUGUUCUUCCCAUCAUCAUCCGGUAGUAAGAAGCCCUCAGCUGCAGUGGCUGCUGCUGCUGGCUCUAGCGGGUCCUCGAGCAGUGGCGACCCCACCACUGAUGCGAUCUCAGGAAAGUUCGAUCCGACCGCUUUAGAAAGAGGUGCCAAGGCCUUGAAGGAGUUGGAUUCCUCGCCCAACGCUAGCAAGGCUUUUGAGAUUAUCAAGCUACAGGAACAGAGCAAACAGAAAGAAUACCAAACCGAAGUCGAGAGGGCUCAGACCCAGCGGACACAGAUGGGCCUUCAAAGGGCUCAGGUUGAAGCUGAGGAGAAGCGCAAGACCAUCGCUGAGCAACAGGACCAGGAACGGAGGACCUCACAGUAUAAGGCUCAGUUGGAGUCGGAACUUUAUCAGAAGAAAUUAGCUGACCAACAGAAGCAGAACGAGGACUGGUUGGCCCAGCAGCACCAACAAUUUUUGAGGCAAGAAGAAAUUCGUAAGAAGAACGACGUCGAAGUUGAGGAGUCCCGACGUCGAACGCUGAUUGAGCAAAUGAAGCUACAGCGGGACAAUGACGUGGCACGGGCUCAGGCUGAGGCCGAUGGUCGCAUCAAACAGGAACGUGAGAAUGUUGAUGUCCAUUUGAGAUCAAUGCGCGCUAAGGCGGCUGAGGAGCGCAAGACCAAGUUGGAUACUAUCAAUGCCACACUGGGUUCUCUGGGCUCGGGUUUCCGAGCGUUGCUCGAUGAUAAAACCAAGAUGACGGCUUUGGUCACGGGUCUGACCGCAGUGGCCCUCGGUAUCUACACCGCUAAGGCCGGCACCAAGGUUGCUGGAAACCUCUUGGAAAAGAGGUUGGGCAAGCCCCCGCUGGUCCGUGAGACUAGUCGCAAGUCGUGGAGUAGAGCCCUUGGUAAGAGGAUCAAGCUGCUGGUCAUGAUGAUCCCAUAUUCGUGGUCAGGUUUGGGCCGGCCCGCCACCACCAACAUGCUGGAGAAGAUCGUAUUACAGCAGGAGUUGGCCGAACGUCUACAGUGGACCACCAACUCUAUUAUCAAUGCCAAGAAGAAUGGUACUCCUUUCCGUCACCUUAUGCUUUAUGGUCCUCCGGGCACUGGUAAGACCCUCUUUGCCCGUACACUGGCCCGCCAGUCGGGUCUGGACUACGCUAUCAUGACCGGUGGUGAUGUUGGUCCGCUUGGGAAGGACGCGGUUGACGAGAUGAAUCGUCUCUUUGCAUGGGCCAACACCAGCAAGAAGGGCCUCAUCCUAUUCAUAGAUGAGGCUGAUGCCUUCCUAAGGCGCGGCCGCAUGUCGAGCUCGAGUAACAUGUCUGAGGACACACGUAACGUGUUGUCGGCCUUCCUGGCUCACACUGGUACUGAGAAUGACAAGUUUAUGGUGGUCCUUGCUACGAACGUCCGAGAGGUGCUGGACCGUGCUGUCCUCGAUCGUGUGGAUGAGCAGUUCGAGUUCCCCUUACCCGAGUUUGACCAACGACGCCAGAUGCUUGAUCUGUUCAUGGACGAGUACAUCCGCCAGCCUACCAAGGCCGGCAAGGUUAUUGAGGUCGACCCAAGCAUCGAUUCCGCUUACCUCGAUGAGGUGGCCCGUAGGACCGAGGGGUUCUCUGGCAGACAGAUGAGUAAAUUGGUCCUGGCCUACCAGGCUUCGGUCUUCGGGUCCGGUGCUAAUAAGCUGACUAAGGGCUUGGCUGAUACUAUACUCAACUGGAAGUUGGCCCAUUACGAGGGUGAUGUGGACACGAUGCAGCGGCAUGAGGCUGAGGAACUCAAGGCCAAGGCCCAUCAGAUGGCCGAGUGA